GAAUGAAUGAGAGACAUGAGUUGUUAGACUAUGCAUUGGUGUAUGGGGAUUAUAAAGGUAUACCAAAACAGCAAAUUAGGGAUCAUAUGGCUAAGGGGUUAGAUAUAGUGUUGAGAGUUCAUAUACAAGGGGCAACAACAUUUAGGAGGAUUUUGAGAAACUCUGCUGUGUUUGUGUUCUUGGUUGCAGAGAGUGAAGAUGCAUUGGUAAAGAGGUUGAUUGAUAGGAAGACCGAGACUAAAAGGACGUUGCUUGUGAGAAUUGCAUUGGCCCUUGAGGAAGUUAAGCAUAUGGAGGAGUUUGAUUAUGUGGUAGUGAAUAGAGAAGGAGAGUUGGAGAAUUUUGUUAAGUUGGUGGAGUCUAUUAUUGAUGCUGAGAAAGCUAAAGACAGUCGAAGAACUGUGACUAUUUAGACUGUCUGAUUUCUAGUCUUUGAUCUGUUUUUUGAUUAAGUUGAGCUAAUAUUCUUAAUGUUUUGUUGUAUUCUAUUUACGUGUU